AUGAAAUCUAUGAAGGGUCUUGGUAUGAGCAAAGUGCUCGGAAGCAUCAGGAAGAAAGCAAGCAAUGUUUCAAAUCGAACAUCUGACGGACCUUCGGGGGCAUCGGCGUCUGGGACGACACCCGCAGGCUCACCAGAGGCUACAGCUCAUAAUAGUGUGAACGAUGAGGUUCUUUUUCUCCCUCCGAUUGUCGACGCCGCAGAGUCCUCCCCAGCCGCCGCCGCAGAAUGCGCACGCUUGACCCGCAAAUACCUGUCAAAAGAAUACUUUUCGCGGCCAUUAUGGCAAUACAAUGCGAUCAUGUUACUGCGCAUCUUGACUGAUAACCCCGGCCCAACCUUCACGCGAAACCUAGACCAGAAGUUCGUCGAUACUAUGCGCUCGCUCCUCAAACACUCCAAGGAUCCCAGUGUCCGCCAGAUCGUGAUGGAGACACUCGAUGACUUUCAACACACCAAAGCGUACGACGAGAACUUGACGUUACUCAUCACAAUGUGGCAAAAGGAGAAGGAAGAAGCUUACAGAAACUACGGCGGACCACGACAGCAAAUGAUGUCGCCAGGCACUUACAACACUUCUCCUCCACCUCAAAACCCGCACUCUCAAAACUACUUUGCCAGACACCACACGAACAGACGGUUGCCCGAUCCGGUCGAGCUCGCCAGCAGGCUAGAAGAAGCUCGAACGUCGGCCAAGCUACUUGAACAGGUUGUUAUGAAUACACCUCCAGGCGAGAUUCUCGACAAUGAUCUCAUCAAGGAGUUUGCCGAUCGAUGUUCGAGCGCUUCCCGCAGCAUCCAGGGUUACAUGACUUCCGAGAACCCUACGCCCGAUAACGAUACAAUGGAGAACCUCAUCGACACCAACGAGCAGCUGCAGACUGCCCUUAAUCAGCACAAGCGCGCUGUGCUCAGUGCUCGCAAACAAUUAGGCCUGAAUGAACGCACUGAUUCCCAGUCGCCGAGUGUAACCCCUCAGCUUCAGCCUCAACAACAACCAGAAUCUCAGUUCCAGACCAACGGAACAGACACAAACCACUAUUUCAACAAUGCGUCCUCUUCGAGCUCUGGACCCAACCACGGUAAGGGCAAGGAGACACAAUCUUACUCCCCUCCCCCGGGCCCCCCUCCGAGGGCAGGUGAAGGAAGCUCAAGCGGACCCUACGAUGAGCCUGCCGAGAACCCAUUCGCAGACCCUCAACCAGGCGCUUCCGCCCCUACGAACCCAUCGUACCAGUAUUCUGAGGAACAACGUCUUGCAGCCGAGCCUUUUCACCCCGGCUUCAGGCCAACAGAAAGCUACCUAGGUCGCCAAGAUAGCGCCGUUGGGAAGGUUCACAUGCAUGGCGCGGGAGCCUCCACGCCAUCAGCCCAGCCUCCCACACAGCAGCGACUCGACGAGGUCUCAGACGACGACGACAUAUACGAUGCACCUAGCGGCCCUCCGCCCAAGAGCAAAGAGCCGAUGUACCGAUACUAA